UAGGGCAAAUUUUCGGAGUCGCUGAAAGUACCGCCGUCUCUCUGAACUUAGUCUAUACUUUAUUUCAUUCAACACGCCGAAGCAGCAACACAUGUAGAUCGUACAUCCAUACAUGCUGCAGAUAUUGUGACUUUUGAUCAUGGAAGUUACGCGAAGCAAUUUCAGAGAGUCAUUACCAACAAUCUCCAGUGCCAUUAGCAAAGCAUCCUUCCUGGCAAUAGAUGGAGAAUUCACAGGACUACAAAAAGGAGUGAAUCUUCAUGCAUUUGACACCCCAAAUGAAAGAUACCAAAAGCUACGACAAGGGUCUAUGGAUUUCCUACUUAUGCAGUUUGGCCUUUGUGCAUUUGAAUAUGAAGCUACAACAAAGAGACACAUCAUCAGAGCAUUCAACUUCUACUUAUUUCCAAAGCCAUUCAGCAGGCAGGCUCCAGACGUGUGCUUCUCAUGUCAGAGUUCUAGUAUUGAUUUUUUGGUGUCUCAGGGAUUUGAUUUUAACAAAUUGUUCAGAGAAGGCAUUCCAUACUUGACCCCAGCAGAAGAGCAGAAGUCCCGUGAUGCACUGGAAUCAAAGUACAACCAACUCGAUGUGAUGUCUUCCCCUGCUUUCACCAGUCCCACUGGGGCCGACACUGCUGUAGCCAAAGGUCCCAUAGAGAUCCCCAGUGAGCAUAAACAAUAUGUGGAGGACAUUUGUAAGCAAGUUGAAGAGUUGACAGCAGAAGGAAACACCUCACAAACAUUAGAACUCAAGCCAACCAGUGCAUUUCAAAGAAAAUUGGUGUAUCAGACAUUAAAGCUAAAGUUUCAUGCAGGUCUGCACCUAGAAACUAAAACAAAUAAUAACAGGCAAAGGUAUAUAGUCAUCUCCAAAGUUAAGAAUGCAGAAGACCAGAAACAAAAAGAAGAAAGCAGGAAGGCAGCAGAAAUGGAGGAGUUGGAGAAUGCUGUUGGGUUUUCAAAAGUAAUCCGUAUGAUCUCCCAGUCUGGCAAGCUUGUUGUGGGUCAUAAUAUGAUGCUGGACGUUUUACAUGUACUGCAUCAGUUCAGUUGCCCCUUACCAGAGAGUUAUGAAGAUUUUAAAUCUCUAACAAGAUGUGUGUUUCCAAGGUUACUGGAUACUAAACUCAUGUCUAGCACCCAUCCAUUCAAAGAUUGGAUCAUCAGCACUACUCUUGGAGACCUGCGCAAAUUAUUGGAAAACAAACCAUUUGAAAAACCUGUUGUUGAGAGUGCAGAAGGUUUUCCUGCUUAUACCACUGACCAUGAACAGCUCCAUGAAGCUGGUUAUGAUGCAUUUAUCACAGGCCUGUGUUUUAUUGGAAUGUCCAAAUAUCUAGGCACUUUUCAGUCACCAAAAAAAGAGCAUAUACCUCCAUCAUCACCCCUAAUAGAGCCCUUUCUAAACAAGUUAUUCAUGUUCCGAGUACAAGACAUUCCUUACAUGAAUCUGGCAGGACCUGAUUUACAGCCAAGCCGAGAUCAUGUGUUCCACUUGUCAUUCCCAAAAGAAUGGAAGACGUCUGACAUUUCUCAGCUCUUUGCUCCCUUUGGGAAUGUUUACAUUGGUUGGCUGGAUGAUAACUCUGCCUUUGUUUCUCUGUACAAAAAGGAUGAAGCUGACAGAGUGCUACAGAACAUAACCACUGGAGACACCUUCAGUGUUGUUGCUUACAAAGAUUUCAUCGAGAGAAUGCAGAAGUCUUCAUCCAGAAAGCAUAACAUACCAGCAUCUGACUUGGAUUUACCUGUGAAGAAGAGGCAGUCUUCCAGUCCACUGAAUGUGAAUGCGUCCCCCUUCCAGUCCACCCGUAGCAUCACUCCUAUUCCAGAGGAGAUGGAAGAAGAAAACAAUGGUACUGUCAACAUGGACGAUUUAGGUGAACCUUUGGCCAAGAGAAUGAAGACUGACUGCAAAAGUGGUUCAGAGAAGAAAUUGUUUGAUGAGCCAGAAAACUGGUGAAAUGCUAGGAACCAUGUGACCUUAUGGAUAAAAUGGUCAGUUCAUCAAGGUCCAGAUCCCUGACCAAGUUCUGUGCCACUUAACUGUUGAGAUGCAGUAUUCAUUUUUCAGUGGAGAUAAACCAGUGACAAGGCAAAUAUUGCAUAAUGUUUUCUUGCCUGAUAAACUUACAGAAUCAACUUUGACCCAGUUGUAUUCUAAGAAGUAAACAACUAAGGCUAUAAAAUUCAAGAAUAACAUGCAACAUGUACUGUGUUUAUACUUAACUGGUGUUACUUUGCCCAAGGUAUUUUUUCAUGAUAUGUAAUUACUAAUAUGUUUCAUAGGUUGCGUGAUGAAUCUUAUGUAACUCAAGCCACUUGUCAGAAUUAGUGCCAGUAAUGUAUGCUUUGUCCAGAAUUAUUUAUAAAGUGAAUUUAUUCUUCUUUCAGAUAAUCAUAAUCUAUUUGAAGAAUAUAAUGCAUAAACAGAUAAUAGCAUUAUUCAAUAAA